GCACGGAUGGGUUGUAAAUCGUGAGAUGAAUCUAAUGAGCCUACUUAAUCCAUGAUUUUGCAACAGUGAUGCUACACUAAUCAUCUGCUAAUUAGAAAUUAAUCAUGAAUUAAUUAGGCUCAUUACAUUUGCCUCGCGAUUUACAAUCCAUCCAUGCAAAAAGUUGUAAAUAGACUUUAUCUAAUACUCCAAAUUAGUAAGAUUUCCUUUCAAAUUUUUUUGGCAAAGUGAGCUAAACACACCCUAAGUCAUGCUAGAAAUUUUAUGACGAAUUAACAAGAAGGUAAAAUGCCCAUGUUUACCUCUAUUUACUUCUCAUAUUUGGCACUAGUUGAUUCUUUCAUGCACAUGCACUUUCUAAAUAGGGUAAGAUGAUUUAUUUUUUGGAACAAAUUUUAAAUCCUAGAAUGACUUGUUUUUUGGAUGGAGGAGUAUAGUUUAAGAAUAUAUGGAUCUAAUUCACAUGCGUGUGCAUCACUCAUGUGAAUUCCGAAUCACAUAAAUCCCUGAAGUAAGGUCUGCAUUUUCUGAACUUUCUAUUCUUGGCAUAUAAGGAGAUGGCUACUAUUGUUGUAGAUUACUAGAUGGUUGGAUAAUGUAUAGGAACUACCCAAAAAACGGACCUGCCAUACUUAGCAUGAUGAGUUGCACUGCUUGUUGUAUUCUUUAUGUCCGGUUGCCAUUCUGCACCUUGCCAAAUUUAGCUUCGACGUCUUAUUUUAGAUUCCUAUAUAUAUCUUCACCAGUCUGUCAUGUUUUGUUUGCAGCCCUCCAUUUUGUAGGGUUUGGAAUCUUCGAUUCCACAGGAAAGCCACGACGAUGAGGUCUCUCUUCUACGUGACUUUCCUGGCCAUUUUGUCUGUCGACCUACUUCCUUGUGCAUCCUCACGCCUCCUCCUAGCAGCUGAAGGGCCAAAUGGCCGUCCAACAGCUCCUGCACCGGCUCCUGUUUCUCCUGCCGGAGUGCCGGAGAUUGUUCCAGCUAACCCACCGGCGAACACGCCCGCCACCCUGCCGGCCAAUGUUCCGACGCCAGCUCCUCCCGCCGGGGUGCCGAAGAUCAUUACGACCAACCUGCCGACGAGAAACAUGCCUGCUAACCUGCGUGUGAAGACGCAAGCCAAUCUCCCGAGGAAGAAGGUGCCCACCAAAUGCCCGAAGAAGGCUCCGGCUAACCGGCAUGUGAAGAAGCGAGCCAAACACCCGAGGAAGGUGCCGGCCAAUCUGCCAGUCAACGUCCCGUCACCGGUUCCUCCGGCCAGAGCGCCGAAGAUCAUUCCGACCAAUCUGCCGGAGAUCAUUCCGGCCAACCGGCCGGCGAACAGGCCCGCCAACCUGCAUGUGAAGACGCCGGGCAAUCUCCCAAGGAAGGUGCGCGCCAAUGUAUCGGUCAACGUCGUUCCGGCAUCGGUUCCUCCCGCCGGAGUGCCGAAGAUCAUUCCGACCAACCUGCCGGAGAUCAUUCCGGCCAACUUGCCGACGAACAUGCCCGCCAGCCUGCACGUGAAGACGCCAGCCAACAUCUCGGAGGCCAUUAUUCCUGCCAACUUGCCGGCCAAUGUUAUAGCACCGGCGCCAGUUCCUCCUACUGGAGUGCCGCCGGAGAUCAUUCAGGCCAACCUGACGACGAACAUACCUGCCAAUCUGCAGGUGAACACGACGACAACAAACUUCCCAGGAAACAUGCCCGUCAACAAUACGGCGCCGGUGCCGGUUUCGACAAACAUUACAGUGCCGGUGCCGGUUUCUCCCGCCGGAGUGCCGGAGAUCAUUCCGGCGAACAUUUUGGCCAACGUGUCGGUGAACAUGCCGGCCAACCUCCCGGGGAACAUGCCUGCCAAUAACGUUCCGGCCAACGUUCCACCGGAUGUGGUGUCAAGAAUCCCACCGGACUUGCUGGCCAAGCUUCCGGCCAACGUCCCACCGGGCUUGCUGGCCAGCAUCCCGCCGGAGACGCUGGCCAACAUCGAGGCGUCCAAGGGCCAGCUGCAGACCAGCGAGCUCCUGGCCGCCCUGCCGGCGGUGAAGGGCCAAGUGCCGGCGAAACUGCUGCCGGAGGUGCUGGCCAAGCUCCCGGAGCUGCAGAACCACCUGCCGGCCAACAUCACGCCGGAGAUGGUGGCCGGCCUCGCCGCGAUGCAGCAGCAGCAGGGUCAGUGGCACCCCGGGGCGCCCGGGAGCGCGGCGGCCGCCGACAUCCCGCAGCUCCCCAAGAUGCCGGACUUCUCCGGGCUAGCGGACAUCUCGUUCCCGCCGAUGCCGUCGGGGCCCAAGAUGCCGCAGCUGCCGCACGACAUGUCGCUGUUUGGGUACGACGUCCCCAUCCCCAAGUUCAUCAGCAAGAUGGUCGAUGACGCCGAGAAAAACUGAGGACAAGAAAGCUCUGUUCGAUGCCAAUGCAUGCUUCUAGGAUGUCACCUAUAGAUGUGCCCAAGUUUCGCCGUGCUGACAAUGUGAUCAUUUUGACAAUCUUUCGGUUUGGCUGCCGUCUGGCUGGCAGGAAAGUUGUACUUUGAUGGACUGUACUCUUGUCAUGUAUAUAUAAUCUUUGCUCAUUUCUAAACCA